AUGCAAAUACCGAGGUUAAUUAGCCUAUUAUGUUGUGUGAUAGUGGUCAUCAAUGCGCAACAACCACCACCUUCCACUCCAACUGAUGUGGAGUUGGUAGAGAAGCCAGCUGAAGUGCCAUCAGUGCCCUACAAAUUGAUUAAUUUCGAUGAUUUUUCAAUUGAGGAACUCGACGAUGCCCUAGAACCUGUAAGUAUGACUAUGAUUUAUCAUUGUGUGUGUUCAAAAUACAUGACUGUGUUUGAUAACAGGUCGGACCAGCCGAUGUCGACAACGACGUCAUCCAGAAACUGGUUGACAAGUUCUUGAACGAAGGAACGCUCGAAGAAAAGAAAGACGAGAGGGUUAACAAGGAGGCUGAGAAGCUGAUCAACUCGUCGCCUUACUGGGAGACAAGCAACAUCAAGGUAUAUACAAUGUUAAUAAGCUGAAACAUAGAUAUUUAAUUUUAAAAGACAUACCCUCUCAAAUUUCUUUAAUCAUGGCAACGUUUAAACUCACAAAAACAUUUGUUCUAGCCUGGAAAGUCAGUCAAAGAUGCCAAACUCAUCUCCGACUGGUUGGUUGGCUACAACGAGGAAUCAGAAAAAGUACUCCAACAGGUUAACUUGGCUGCUUGGAACUACUUCACAGCUGCUUCUCCAGUUACCAAACAAUACUUGGAUGAGGCUGAAGAUGUAGCCAGACAAUUCUUGAAGGCUUCGGCCAAACAAUCUACACAAUUCGACCCAGGUAUGUUAGAGAACAUGAUGGACAAGAAACAACUGAGCAUCAUCUCUGAACAGGGUAUCAACGUUCUCAAACCUGAAGAGCUGACCAAUUACAACAACGUUUUGGCCAGAAUCAACAAGUUGUACGUCAACACUGAUGUCUGUGAGACCAAGAGUCAGAAGAUGUGCAUCACAAAGUUCUCGGACCUUCUUUCAACCGUCCAAACCACAGGAAGUCACGAGAAGGCUUUCAACAUCUGGAAAUCAUGGAGAGAAGCUGUCGGAGCCAACCUGACCUCAGCUUACACCGACCUCGUCAAGUUCACCAACAAGGCGGCUAAGGCCAACGAAUUCGAAGAUGCUGGGAAAAUGUGGAAAGCCGCUUUCGACGAUAAGUUGAGCAAGAAAGAGAAAUAUGAUAUCUCAGAGAACGUCCAGAUGUUGUAUCAACAAAUUCUGCCAUUCUACAGUCAGCUACACGCUUACUUCAGAAGACAGUUGGCCGGAGUUUACAAAGAAGACAAGGGGCUGAAGAGAGAUACCGCCAUUCCAGCAUACUUGCUCCGUAAGUUCGCUUAAAACUAAAAAUCAUCGUAAAAUAUACAAAAUUAAGAGAAAAAUUGAAGAAAAAUAAAAAAAAAAAUUUUUGUCCGAUUUUCAGACUUUUUGGCGCCAAAAACAAUUCAAAUCCCGGACAAAAAAUUGUUCAUUGGGUUGCGUCCAUUUUUUUGCUUUUUACAGUUUUAAAAAAUCAAAAAUUUAACUUAUAAUUUUUAUAACUUUAGGUAGCUCUUCUGGAGACGACUGGAGCAAUUUAUACGAUGAGACCAAGCCCUUCGAUCAGAUGGAUAACACUGAAGAUGAAGUUAUGGAGAACCUCCACAAGCAGAACGUGACAGCCAGAAACAUGUUCGUCAAGGCAUUCAAAUUCAUGAAGUAUUUGGGAUUCGAGAACCUUCCUAAGACUUUCUGGACUCAUUCAGUCUUUACCCGGAACUACGGAAAAGAAAUGAUCUGUAACCCGGCUACAGUCAUUGACAUGAUGAACGGAACUGACUACAGAGUCAAGACUUGUGCUCAAACUGGUCAGCCAGACUUCACUAACGCUCACAAGUUGAUGGCACAACUUUUCUACAAGGUUCUUAGCAAGGAUCAGCCUUUGGUACUGAGAGAUGCUCCUAGUCCCAGCCUUAGUAUGGCCGUUGCUGGUGCCUUCGGUAUUCUCGCUCAGAACACGGACUACUUGAAGAGUCAGGUACUAAGUUUAAAGUUUUGAAAUCAAUUGCAAUUUUAUAGAAAAGGCAAGAAAAGAUUUUUCAUAUUUUAAAAUUUUAAUGUAAACCUAACAUCUAUGUGACGUUUUUACAUUUCAGAAACUGGUAGCCCCAGAAUACCGUUUGGAGCAGUUCAACUUGAUCAACAAACUGUACCGCGAAGCCUUGUCUAGUUUUGUCAAGUUGCCAUUUAGUAUUGUCGCAGAUGAAUGGAGGUACGAAGUGUUUAAUGAAUCUACAACUUCUGAGAAAUGGGGCGAAAGCUGGUGGAUGUUGCGGAACAAAUACCAAGGUGUGGCAGCCCCAAGCGGAGUUGAUCAAGCCAAAUUCGAUCCCUUCGUUGCUCCAGAAAUUAUUCAACAACACGCUCCAGCUUCUCGUCACAUUGUUACCUACGUCGCUCAAUUCCAAAUUCUGAAGGCACUUUGUGGCGCUAAUUCUACUUUGGUAAGUUAUAAUUAAAUAUUUAAACAAAGUUUGAAUAACAGUUUAGUUGAUUAUAUCUACGAUUUUUUGAUUGACUAAACUUGAUACAAAGUUGUCGUUUAGUUUCUAUGAGUGUUAUAAUACUGACAUCCUAUGAGCACAUUUCAUCUUUUAGAGCGAAAGUUGUGUGCCAGAGAAGAACUCAGCUGAGAAACUGAUUGAUAUAAUGAAGAAGGGAGCUUCUAUCAGUUGGUUGGAUGCUUUGGAGCAGAUAACUGGACAGAGAAAGCUAGACGCUCAGCCAAUGUUGAACUACUACGAGCCACUCCUUGACUGGCUGCGAAGGGCCAACGAACAGUCCAAUGUUUUCAUCGGCUGGAACGGUGAAGGAGAGGCCUUUGCUGCUGAUGAAGUUCCAGUCAUCAACAUGGACAGCGGAAAGGAGAAGGCGGCCGUUCCAUCUGACGAUCAAAUUGCUUAUCCUGGUAAGUAUGACUAGUUAAUGGCUUGUAGUUUGCUUUUAAAGGUGAUGCUACUAAGCGUUACUAAAACGUGGUUUGUCAUUUUUUCAAUUUUUUUUCAAUUCGAAUUUUUUUGAUUACCUACUUUCAGGUCAAGACUGUUCUCGCGGCCAAGAAUGUCUCUUGGACUCGAACUGCAAUGGCACUAUUUGUGUGUGCAACGAAGGUCUGUUCACACUUCAGAUAGCUGACACUUACAAUUGCGUGCCUGGUGAUCCGUCCAAAGCCGGCUUCACAGACGGCGACGGUGGCCUUGUCAUCGCAUUAAAUCCAAAUGAGAGGAAAGGCACGCGGCCCAGCUCUGAUCCCGACCAAGUCGAGAACCCCGCUCCCAAAGAACACAAGCCGGAAGAGAAGAAGACGGUCAAGAGUGGUGUUGGGCUUGUCGUCGUAUCCCCCGUCGUUGUCGGUCUCACUUACUUGUUACGGUACAUUUUGUUACAGUGA